GCAACAAACAUACCUGAUCCGAGCGAGGACCACAACUUCCUUUGACUCUUUCUCAUCCCCCCUACCUCCAUUCUUCCCUCUCCCACCCCUGUCUCUGCAGGCUCCAACCCACCUACAAAGUCCGCUUGCCUUUCUGCCUGCCGACUCGCUGUCAGCUGCAAACUAAACCGCGCACUUUCGCACAGCAGCCGCAUGCGAGCCAGUCCUCGACUCGUCCGUCCUUCACCUGCCCGCCACAGUUUGCUUCCAUUCGCGAACCCCUCGAUCAAAUCCGGCGUACCACAUCGGAGGCUCCCUGGACCACAAGCGCCAUCGUUACAAUAUUGAUCCGAUCCAGGUCGCUGUCCUUAUCUGCGCUUUUGUGCACGAUUUCCCGACUCUGAUACCGCUCUUUGCAGGAGCGCCCACGUUUGAUUCGUUGCGAUCCACCCCCGCCAUUUCACAGCGACCCGGACGACAACUCUCUUGUCGCCCAAACUCGAGCGAGCUUCGAUUGACGGAACGAACAACGCCCGCAGCCGUUUCCGGAAAAAAAAAGACGUUCGCCUCGUGUCGUUAUUAAAACCCGUUUGUUGGGGCCACCACGCAGCCGCCUGGCGCAAAGGAGCCAACGCCAACCAACCGGUGGGCUGGCUAGCCCCACCAACAGGCCUCCCUACCGUCGCUCCAGACCGCGGCAUCGCUUGCGCAUCGGCCCUUGCGGGCAGUUACUUGCGGGACCGGACCUGACACUGGGGACCUGAUCCGCGCAGUGUAGUGAAACCAACAGCCAUCUUAUACCUUUCUCUUCUUUGGGCCGCUCGCAUCUCACCGUUAUCAGUGCCGACAACAUGGCCCAGCACGGCUUCAACCAGAUCGCGGGCGGGCACGGCGGAGGUGGGAGCAUCGACCCUAACGACCUCAACAUGCCUGGAACUUUCGGCUCUUCAUCCUACCAGAACAACUUCAACAACUCAAGCAAUCAGUCCAACAGCUACUCGACAGGCUCCGCGCUCUUUGGGGACGACGAGCUACUCGACGGCCUAGGGAGCCCCACCGACGGACAGUCGGGAAUCCAUGGCGGCGGCCAGGAGUUUGGCGCCAUGAACGAGAUGACCAUGGGCGGUUACACAAACUCGAUAUACACCACCCAUCACAGCCUUCCCAUGGACCAAAAUCGCAUCAAUGGGUACUCGAACACUCCAGAGGGAGAUCCCAUCCAGAGCCCCUUUGCCCACAACUUCGGCCAGUACCGGCAAAUGCAUCACCCCCAGUCGUUUGGCAACUCGCUCCAGUCGCCCAUCUCGUAUGCCGGCUCGCCGCUGACCGGCUCUGACCUCAACCAGGAUGGUGGCGACCCCAACUAUCUGAAUGCCAAGGUCAGGCCUCGCAUGCCCACCGCCAUGGCCCGCAAGACCUCCACCGCGCGGAACCCCUUGACCCCCAAGGCUUCUGCCACCAUGGCCAACCUCACCAUCGGCUCAGCCGACUCGUUCAACGCCCAGCCCAUCCCCAACGGUGCCCCCCACCACGACAAGUCACACUCUGGGCAAUGGAUCCAGACCCCCAACAGCCUGGGCUCAUACCCGGGAUCUGGCUUCUCGUCUCCUAUACAGCCCGGACUGCACAGCGCUCAGAUCAACGACAUCCUGCUCAAGGGUGGUACGUCCAUGCCGGCCAAGCUGGGUGCCCCCCUGACCUCAUCCCAAGAGGCCAAGCGGAAGCGGAGGCGGGAGUCGCACAAUCUGGUAGAGCGCCGCCGCAGAGACAAUAUAAACGAGCGAAUCCAGGAUCUGAGCAAGUUGGUGCCGUCGCACCGGCUCGAAGACGAGAAGAUCAAGAAGCUUAUCCAGAAUGGCACACCUCUCUCCCCUUCGUUGGGCGGCAUCUCAAGCCCAUCACAGGCGACGUCAGGAUUGGCUGGGCCCGGGGCCAGGCGGGCGGCGAGCGGCAACGCAGGCAACAUCACGACGGGCCUUCCGAUUGACGACAAGGACAAGGGACCCAACAAGGGCGACAUCCUCAACGGGGCCGUCAGCUGGACGCGCGACCUCAUGUGGAUGCUGCAUCUCAAGCUGCAACAACAGGAGGAACUGGCCAACUACAUAAUGGAGCUCGGUGGGCAGUUCCCGUUUGAGCCCACAGACGACGAGAGGCGCAUGCAGACGGAGCUUGUCGAGGCCAUGGCCAGGAACGAGACGGCUGAGGAUGUCAAGCUCUUUGUGUACUCGCGCCGGGCAGGCUCUGGCCUGAGGGUUCCACACCACACGGACUACAGGGGCGAUCCUCUGGAUGGCUCAGGGCGGGCCAUUGGCGAUGCCUCGGCGAGCCCUGCCAAGGCUGGCCAUGGUACCGACCUUGCUGAUCCAAACCAGUUCUGGAACGACGACGAUGACGGCAGUGGCGAGCUGGACUUUAAAGAAGAGGACGAGUACAUGGACCUGAACUAAGUGCUCAAGGGACCUAGUUGCCUUGGUGCAUGUGCAGCCAUCUCGUUUCCGGGCUUUUUACAUCUCCCCUACUGCCAUCAUCAUUCAUUUUCACACGACAUCACGUUUCCUCCUGCCCCCAUCCUCCUCCUUACCCCCUUGCUGGCUCGGGUCUGCUAGACUACGACCUACCAUCAUCAUCAUCAUCAUCCGCACCCCCUUUUUCUUAUGCUAAUUCAUGUUGCCAAAUGAGUUUCAUCGUGGUCAUGGUAUACAGUGGCGGCUAUGGGCGGCUUUGGUUGGCGUUAACGCUUUUUGUUUCCUAUGGAUGAUAUCUGUCUGGCGAUUCCUCUCGUAGAGGGCGCUUUUCACAACCCCUGUUGUUUUGUGUCUGGUUUCGGCCUCCGUGUCCUCAUUCCCCCGCCUACCUCUCGUUCUAUUCCUUUAUCGGUCAUACCACCUCCGGCUUUUCUCUUUCCUCAUUUCGUCAACCUCACAGGCGGUACUUCCCAUCUUCCUCAUAUCUUCCCGUCAUCUAGCCGACGAGCCUGGAGUUUUGCACGCUACCGUUAUAUCAUAUCCAUCGCAUAUCUGAUUGUAGUUCCCCCCCUUUUUUUUUCUCUUCCUCUUCCGGUUUGUCCUUUGGCUCUCCGCAUGUCUACAUCUCCUGCCUGUCUCAUUUUUUCUUAUCAACACAUGGCUAAGCCGUUGCAUUCUCAAUAGGUAGUUCGGGAGCAAGCCGGUCAUGGCGGCGUACACUUUUGGGAAUGUUUCCCCUUUGACAGGGUGAGACCGGGCGCUCUUGAUCCAUGCAUGGGAGAAACGGAUUCGCUUUUGCUCUCCUUUUAAAUAUGAUUUAGGUUUUCCUCUGCAUCUUGGUGCCUCGGCACUCAGUUUAUCCUCAUUUGCCUUCCUCCCCUACAAUCCGUCCUUCUCGCCCUGUUUACAGGAGUUUGAAACAUCUGAUUUGUUGUAUCGUCACCCGUAUUCUACUUGGUCUUGUUGCCAGCCCGUGCGGCGGCGAUGAGCUUUGGGAAUUGAGCGUCGACGACUCGAGACUAUUGCGCUCUUUCACACCGCCCUGCUCGAUAAAUAUACCCCAGUGCGCAGCCGGCAGUGGCUACCAGUGCCUUAUGCAGAGGAGA